UAUGUUCUUCCUUUCUCCCUCCCCCUCUCACAGCCUCUGUCUUUCUGCCCUUCUCCUCCACUGCUAACACCUCUUCUGUUCUGUCCCUCCCCCCUGGCUGCCCACCUCUCUGGGCGAAGAUGUCGGCCCAGGACAGCUGCCUCAGCCUCAUCAAGUACCUCCUCUUCGUUUUCAACCUCUUCUUCUUCGUCCUAGGCAGCCUGAUUUUCUGCUUUGGCAUCUGGAUACUCAUUGACAAGUCCAGCUUUGUGUCCUUUGUAGGCCUGUCCUUCGUGCCCCUGCAGAUGUGGUCCAAGGCCCUGGCCAUCUCAGGAAUUCUCACCAUGGGUCUUGCUCUCCUGGGCUGUGUGGGGGCCCUGAAGGAGCUCCGCUGCCUCCUGGGCCUGUAUUUUGGGAUACUGCUGCUCCUGUUUGCCAUGCAGAUCACCCUGGGAAUCCUCAUCUCCACUCAGCGGACCCGGCUGGAGCGGAGGGUGAAGGACAUCGUGAUGGAGACCAUACAAAACUACCACGCGCACCCGGAGGAGUCGGCUGCGGAGGAGAGUUGGGACUACGUGCAGUUCCAACUGCGCUGCUGCGGCUGGAACUCUCCUCAGGACUGGUUCAGGGUCCCCAGCUUCAGCAGCAACGAGUCAGAGGUGCACCGCGUGCCCUGCUCCUGCUAUAAUUCGUCGGCGACCAACGACUCCGCCAUCUCCGAGAAGCUCUCCUUCCCCCAUCUCAGCCGGCUUGGACCACCGGCGCGGCCCGGCCACAAUACAGACCUUUGCGCUGUCGCAGCAAACAGCGAUAUCUACAGCGAGGGCUGCGCGCGGAGCCUACAGAAGUGGUUGCACAACAACCUCAUCUCCAUAGUAGGCAUUUGUCUGGGCGUCGGGCUACUUGAGGUGAGUGUGGCGGGGCUGAGCCUGCUCCUACUGCGUAGGGCGCUCCGCCGGGAGCGCCAGCUGCAGGUGCCAGACGCCUAUGCUUGGAGCCCCGGGCUUGGCCCCCGUGCUGAUGGCGGCGGCGGCGGGCGCAGCGGUGUGCUGAGCAGCAGCGGGCGUAGCGGCGGUCUGUGGGGUAGCUGGGCCAUGGCAGAUGCCUGUCCCAACUGGGGGGACAAGUCCCCACAGGGCAAGCUGCCCAUGGCCCUGGGGCCCUGGCCGUUUUGGGAUCAAGACGAGGAACAACCUGAGAACGGGAACGCGGAGGUGGAGGUCGAGGUGGAACUAGCGGCUGAGGGAGAGGGGGAGACAGAUGUGCCUCCAGAAUAAAGUUCCCUGGGCUAGC